AGCUGGGACACCUCUGUCCUUUGUCUCGCGUACACACCGCCACGUCUCUCCCUCCUUUCAGAAGGAACAUUGGUCGCCUUGCAUAACACGUAGAAACUGUUUCCAUGGUAGGUGGACACGCCUCACGAUUAUUCUGCCUGAUUUUAGGGUCUUCAACAACAACGUCAGCAUGGAUUUUUCCUGGCACGGGCCCUGCUCGAGCCCUCUCCCGGCACCAGGUUAGGCACACGACCCCCCUGGCGGGAGGUACCGUAGGAGACUACAUGGGGAAAGGGAACGGCGAUGACGAUGAUGCUGCAGCAGCGGCGCGGGAGGCGCGAGAAUCGUUAGAGAGAAUGUGGGCAUCGUCUGCUGGUUCGAGUGGUCAGGACGAGGAAGAGGAAGAGGAUGAUGAUGGCCAAUUGUUGCGGGAAGUUCGUCAGGCACUGCCGGAGCUUGAGGGAGAGGGGGCGGAGACGAAGCGGGAGAAUCCGUUUCCAACGAGCAGCGACAGAGGUGCCCUAGAAGCUUCCUCCGCUAGCCAGCAAGCGCUCUUGGCCGGGAAACGAGGCCUGAUCAUCGAUGUCGAGGUAAGACAAAUGGACGACACGCACGCAGAGUUCGACGAGGAGAUGCAGAUCGACUUCGUCACAGACAUUGCCAAGGCUUUGGCGACUGUCUCCGGAAGAGUGAAGGUGUUGCUCAGAGGAAUUCAUCUGGCGGAGAAGGCGACGGAAAUGCUCCAGAAAGCGAACACCAGAGGGGAGGAAGAGGGGAUCGAGCCACGGCGCGACAUAUCUUUCUGCUCCUUUCAGAUGGCCAACACCGACGACGAAGACGACGAACAGAGCAUGCGCGAUUUCGCGUCGACAUUGGGACUUGCCAACGAAGAAGAACGAGUGUUUUUGAUGGUGUGCCCUCGGCGUCUCGUAGACGUCACAGUACUCAGAGAGAUCAUUCUUGCCGCCAAGGGCCGACCGGUGGUCCUCAUAACACCCCGGAUGCCGUACAUGCCGGUGGAGACGGACGGGUUCGAAACAGUUUACCAACUUAAGCAGUACAACGUGCAACCCGUCCCGACGAACCCCAAGAAAAGGAUCAAGAACCUUCGGCUGACACGGCUGGGGCAGAACCAGCAGACAAUUUAUAGCGAGCUUGGGCAGGUGAUUCCACGGGUUCUUGUUACCCGAGCCUUCCCCGGCGACUUCAAGUUGUAUCUCGACAUUGAUGGGAAAGGGUUUCAGCUGGAAAAAACGUACGACUCGAAGCCCCAACCCGCCGUUGUGAGCUUCACGGCGCAGAACAAGAUCAGAGAAGUGCAACAACGAGUUACCCUCCAGGAUAAACGAGUUGUCGCAAAGGAUCAUGGCGUCGAGGACGACGAUGACUUUGACUGGGACACAAUCAAUGACGAUCUCGAGGAGGGCGAGGAGCCGUUCGUCAUGCCCCCGAUGCCUACCGAGGACGAGAUCAAUGCGAGGCUACGCGAUGAUUGAAUACGCUACGCGAUGACUGAGUUACCGCGAAAGGAGUAGUGGCUCAACGGCGGCGAGUGGGGUGUACGUAAGAGAUGAAAAUGUUGUGGCUGGAAGGAAGCGGUCAUAGCAUUAAGUUUCCAUUUGAAAUAUUGCAUGUAUUAGAAGGGGCAGUUUCGCUUGGCCAUUUCGAGGGGAGACAUGGAAAAUGGUGCAUAGGCCAUCCUGUUUUUGUUGGCGUAGAAAGAGAGAGCCGGCGUUUGUAUAGAAAACAGGUUUAUGGAGUAGUACUUGGCAGAAAUGGGUUGGAUUUGACGGUCGUGCUCAACAAUCGAGCUUGCCUAAGGUUCUUUAUCUUGAUGUGGAAAAUGGUAUUGGAGAGCAGGUGGUUGUCGGUGUACGUAGGUAAGCCCGCAUCGAGAAGCAGGUUGUGGGGUUUGUGCAAGGGACUACUUGUGGAUUGUAAGUUGUUCCUUUAAUCAAGAACAUUGGCAAAUGUGCAUGACAGCGCCGCGAUGUCACAGAGAGAAGCCAUGCCCUUACUGACAAUCCUGCGACUGAGGUCACAGACAUGGAUGAGUGGGUGUCUGUGUUCAAGUCUGAUUUAUGGUAGGUAAGAAGCUCCAAAAUCACCUCAUGCGGUUCUUUCGGUCGCCUCAGUAUAUCUAAUUGC